AACCCAAAAAACCCAAGGAAAAAGCGGACCUUAUCGUCCCCUAUCGUCCACAACGUGCAUUCACAACGACACCGAUCGCAAUUGGCGAUGGCGAUCUUCCCAGGGAUCAAUCGAUGCGAUCAAGCGAGACAUGAAGCGCCGUCGGACCCGCAUACAGGAAUAUCCCAACACUUCAUCCCAUCGUCCCUCAUCGAUUGCAACAAACAUGUCUUUCUAGAGGACAUCUGAAACACACCACUCGUCAGCGCCACCACAGAACCACAUCGCUCUAAACCUAAAUUCUGCUGUUUCACGCGCUGUGGCGAUGGUUGUGGUAUGUGCUGUGUCGAAUGGGAUCGUGCGUCAACGCUAUCAUGACAAGUGACGAUACCUCCUUCUACAGUAAUCUCCAGCUUCAAAAAAAUUGUAGUCAGCUCCAGAAUCAGGGCCUCAAACUGCCUUUCCUCGCGCGCUUUAUGCUCAGAAACACCGGUCUGGAUUUCAUACCAGCUCUGUCCUCCUUGGUGUCAUUCAAUCACGUUUGCAUCAUUCCUGCGUCGCGACCCGUGAUAACGCCACUGUUCUUCUUACGCGAAGACUCGAUUGCCGUCUUGCUUUAGCAUCAGCAUAAUUGGUUUUCUUUUUGCGACUCCACCUCCAAUCCAUCGCCAGUUCGUUCCCGAGGCGACAUCAACAACACGAAACCCGCAAUUUACCCCACUGCGCACGAAGCCAUGGUACACCAUCGCUGCCCGUCUCAAGAUCUACCAUGGUUACUUGAUUCUUUUGUAAACUACACGUACACCCGACUUUACACGGUGGCAUGUUACCACGACUGCAAUUGAAUUCCACGGACCUUCGCUCAGCAGCGUUGGACGACAAUCUAUCAGCAUCUUCCUUGCACGUCUCCCCGCAUCCAUCUCCACUUUUUGAAUUCACUGCCAUGGCGCAGCACAUCCGAGUCACAGUCACAUGAGUUCGGACCUCACCCACAAGUCGUUGGGCUUGUUGCGCCACUAAUCUCGGAAGGGGAAACACGAAGUAAGGAUGAUGUUUGUGCUCACUGCUCACUGCCUGAUUCUGAUGUACGCUUACCGCUGUGCCCCGUAGGGCCGUAGCCCCUUCUGAUGAUCGUCAUCGUUGGUGACCGAAACGCAAGUGUGCCACGCCAGCAACGGGUAGCCUAACUGCCCGACGCUGGACAGCCAAAGAGCAUCGUCACUUGCUUACGACCAUUCGCCUGCUCCGUGAUAUGAGGUUGUUGUAGCAAACUGCACACAAAUCACGUGUAAGGUGAAACAGAUCAUGAUGAGUUUGCGCGUGUUCCUCAGCAGCAAUCAAUCAAUUGCGCAAGAUUGUAUUUAUAGACACGCCAUAGGUGGUGGGAGCUCGUGCUACGAUUCAACUGAUUCGGACAUGAUGUUCUACCUCUUCUUUGCACUCGGCCUACUUGUGAUACUUGCGCCGCUCAUCGUAGCUUUCAUGGCAUAUGUAUUGAAUGUCAUAGGUUUCGGACCUCUAGGUCCCAUCGGAGGUAAACAUAUCUCAAUUGAACAAAACCACGUUUCAUUGUCUAAGCCUGAAGUACUGACGAUUCGAAGGCUCAUAUGCAGCAUGGUGGCAGUCAUUCUACGAAGGGUUCGUCCCCCCAGGCUCUCUCUUCUCAAUUCUUCAGUGGCUAGGCAUGAAGCUGCGCUGGCUCUCUGA